AUGAAGUUUAUUUUCCUGUUUCUUGCCAUCCUUCUGGCCAUGGGACCAGUGGUAUCAGGCAGACGUCAUGUGCUUCGAUGCAUGGGUGACUUGGGAAUCUGUAGACCUGCUUGCAGACAGUCUGAAGAGCCCUACCUCUAUUGCAGAAAUUAUCAACCCUGCUGCCUCCCUUCCUAUGUAAGGAUAGACAUUUCUGGCAAAGAGGGGAAAAAUGACUGGAGCCGAGAGAAUCGCUGGCCAAAAGUAUCUUGA